UAUCCCAUACAAAUCUUGUAAAAAAUACUCUCGUUAGAUUUGACUGUAAACUACCCCCUCCCCUCAAUAAAUCAGAAACUUAUAGUAAAAUUUUAUAAUAAAUAUUCAAUCACAUUUUUCAAGUUUUAAUAAACUUUUUUGAAAUUUUACGGCUGCAUUAAAAGUGAUAAAUUAAUGAAUGUAGUAAUUGUUGCGAUUAAAAUGAAGACUAAUAAAUUUAAAUUAGUAUCAGUGGAUCAGUGAUAAGGUUAACCUAACUUUCAAGAAUCAAAUAAACAGUAUUCAAGGGCCAAAAAAACCCGCAGACUCGUGCUAAUUCGACUCCAUCCAAGGCAUGGCCAACCCGUAGAACACAGAUUGAAUGCAAGGGCCAAAAAGCCACUUUUAGCAAAAGUGAUUUAAGAAAAUAUUUACCUUCAAAUGAACCGGUAACGGUAAAUUUUGAGCUUUAACUUAAAAAAAUGAGUAGUAGCAGCACGGACGAUGCACAUAUCAAUCGUGUAAUUGAGCUUAUGCAUUCCAAAGAUGAAUCCUCAUACGAGGAAUUAUAUAAAUUACUUGAGGAGGUUAUCAUUAAAAAAUAUGGAAAUACACGAUCCUUGGAUAACAUUCGAUUUAAGCGUGAGGUUGUUCCAGUUGCAAUUGAAACACCCGUUGUGUCUGCACCAGUGCCUGCAAAACGUCGAUCACAAGAUGACAGCGGUCGAAAUUCGGAUAAUGAAUUAGUUUUUACACUUUUAAAAGAUGAUUUAACAUGUGUUACAUGUCGGGAUAUGGACGUGAGUGCUGGCAACCAAUUAAUUGAAUGUAAUUCUUGUCAUGCUCUGUAUCAUCAAGAAUGUCAUACUCCAUACAUUUUGGAUUCGGAGCUAAAUACGAAUUGGAUUUGUUCAACUUGUAAAUAUCGUGCUCGAAAAGCAUCAAAACAUUCAUCGGGUAGCAGUAGUCGUAACAAUGGCGGUAGUGGCAGUGGUUCAGGGAGUGAAAGACAUUCGUCCACAUCAGCAUCGAAAGGUGGAAGUUCUUCAUCGUAUUCAAAAGUGUCUGGUUCACCAUCGAAUUCAUCAUCUGGUACAUCAACAUCGAAACAAUAUUCGGGAACGAAUAAAAGUUCAUCACAUUCUUCUUCUUCUGGUACAGGCACAGGCACUUCAACGCAUUCUGGUUCGAAAUCCCCAUCAUCGAAUAAUUCUGGCUCGAAUUCAGCGCAAAAUAAUCAACGUAUUGUUAUACCGAAUAUAAAUAUUGUUAGUGCAAGUGCUGAUAAACGUUUACAGAUUAUGAAAAAAAAAGCGGCUGCCAAAAUCCAAGAGAAACGUAAACCGAAACUUACAUAGAAAACAGAAAGAAAG